GGAGGCGGUGGAGGCGGAGGAGGCGGUGGAGGCGGGGGAGGAGCCGCGGCGAUGAGCGGAGACGGCGGUGGAGGUGCGGCGGGGGCGAAUCUUUCCGGUUACCCGGCGCCGGGUUUGCACCACACGCGGGGGGACGGAAGAUACGACAGGAGGCUCGAAGGGCACCCGGACCGCGGCGGCGCCUACGACCUGUACCACGGCGCCAACAGCGGCGCCAGCAGCAGCAGCAGUAGCCGGGGCGGCGGCGGUGGCUACGAGCUGGAUUACUACCGGGAGAGCUCGCGCCCGGGACCCUACUACGGUGCCGGCUCCCGGACCGGCGGGGGGCAGCGCUACGAUGGGGGGGGGCCCUCCGGCGGGGGUGCGCCGCCGCUGCCCCCGGCCAUGGGGGGCGGCGGGGGGCCCGCGCUGCCGCCGCCGCCGCCGCUGGCGCCGCCGCGCUACCGGGACGGUUACCGGGACGACGGCGGAGGCGGCGGAGGCGGCGGAGGCGGCGGAGGCGGCGGCGGAGGCGGCGGAGGCGGUGGAGGCGGCGCGGCCGCGUCCUCUUCGUCGUCUUCCGGCGGCGGCGGCGGCUCGAAGGAGAAGCUGGCGUCGGCGCUGGCGCGGAGCCGGCGCCGGAGGGAGCGCGGCUACCAUCACGGGCGCAGCCGCUCGCCGGCGCAGCAGCAGCACCAGCAGCAGCAGCAGCACCAGCAGCAGCACCACCAGCAGCAGCAGCAGAGGCAUCACCGGCAUCACCACAGCAGACACCGGCACCAGCACCACAAUCACCACCACCACCAGCAGCAACAGCAGCAGCAACAGCAGCAGCAGAGGCACCGUCACCACCACCAGCAGCAGCGCCAGCAGCAGCAGCAGCAGCAGCAGCGGGCGGCAAGGCUGUCGCGCUCACGCCACUCCACCACCCGCUCGUGCUCCUCCACCAGCGACAGCAACUCCAGCUCCACGUCCAGCUCGUCAGACAGCGACAGCAGCAGCUCGUCCAGCGACGUGUCGCCCGCCCGCUCCGUGCCGUCGGCCGCCGUGGCCGCGCCUCUUCCGGCGCCGGCGCUGCCGGCGCUGCCGGCGCUGCCGCCGCCGCCGCCGCCGCUGCCGGCGGCUCCGCUGGGGCUGGGCGCCGGCGAGGCGGCGGACGAACCCCGGAAGAGCUUCGGCAUCCGCGUCCACAAUCUGCCGGUCCGCUCCACCGACUCGAGUCUCAAGGACGGCCUCUUCCACGAGUUCAAGAAACACGGCAAAGUGACCUCGGUGCAGAUCCACGGCGCCGGCGAGGAGCGCUCCGGCCUGGUCUUCUUCCGGCAACCCGAAGACCGUGAGAAGGCUCUCUGUGCCUCCAAGGGGAAGCUCUUCUUCGGCAUGCAGAUCGACGUCACAGCCUGGGACGGGCCCGAGACGGAGAGCGAGAAUGAGCUGCGUCCGCUGGACGACCGUAUCGACGAGUUCCACCCCAAGGCGACGCGGACGCUCUUCAUAGGCAACCUGGAGAAGAGCACCACCUACGAUGACCUCUACUCCAUCUUCCAGAGAUUCGGGGAGAUAGUGGACAUAGACAUCAAGAAGGUGAACGGGAUCCCCCAGUACGCCUUCCUGCAGUUCUGUGACAUCACCAGUGUGUGCAAGGCCAUCAAGAAGAUGGACGGGGAGUACUUGAGCAACAAUCGACUCAAGCUGGGAUUCGGCAAGAGCAUGCCAACGACUUGCGUGUGGUUGGACGGGCUCAACGCCAGCGUCACAGAGCAGUACCUCACUCGCCAGUUCUCGCGGUUCGGCCCAAUCCUCAAGGUGCUGCUGGACCGCCAGAAGGGCAUGGCACUGGUGUUCUACACGGAGAUUGAGUGUGCACAGACUGCCGUGUUGGAGGUGAAGGGCAGGAAGCUCAUUGGAAAUAAGAUUAAGGUGGACUUUGCGAACCGGGACAGCCAGGCGGCGUUCUACCAUGUCAUGGAGCGCUCAGGCCAGGACGUGCGUGAGUGCAUCCGUGACCACGACGCCUACUUCGAUCGCAGCCGCGACGAGCGUCGCAUCUCGUACCACGAGUACGUAGCGGAGCGCUCGUACUACGAGGCCCUUCGCGGCGCGCCGGCUGGCGGCUCCGGCGGCUCCGGCAACGGCGGCAACGGCGGCUCCGGCGGCGGCUCCGGCGGCGGCUCCGGCGGCGGCGGCUCCGGCGGCGGCGCCGGCUUCCACGACGACUCGCGGAGGGAAUACCACGGCAGGCGCGGCAGCAGCGGCGGCGGCGGCGGCGGCGGCGGUGAUUACUACUCGGACUGGGAGCCCUACCACAACCAGCACCACCACAACCAGCACCACCACCACCACAACCAGCAGCAGCAGCAGCAGCACCAGCACCACCACAACCAGCACCACCACCACCAGCAGCAGCAGCACCACCAGCAGCACCACCAGCAGCACCACCACCAGCAGCAGCACCACCACCACCACGAUUUCUACGACCCCCGCUACUACGACGAUCCGCCGCCGCCGCUGCCGCCGCCGCCGCCCCCGCCGCCGAUGUCCCACCCGCCGGCGCCGCUUCCGUCGCAGCCGCAGCCGGUGCAGCAGCAGCAGCAGCAGCAGCAGCAGCAGGCGCCCCACCGAGACUACCGUAGCUACCGCGACCCCUACGAACAGGACAUCCGCGAGUACUCGUUCCGGCGCAAACAGGAGCGCGAGCGCGAGCUCUAUGAGUCGUCGGCGUCCGCCGCGCCGCGGCCGCGGCCAUGGCCGCGGCCGCGGCGCCGGAGCGCGGCCGCCAGCAGCACCAGCAGCCCGCGCCGCCGCCGAUCCAGUCGCAGGUGCAGCUGGCGCCGCAGAAGGACUACAGCCCCGGCGCGGGGGCCCGGCGGGCGCGCAGCUCCUCCGCGGGGCUGUCGGCCGGGAGCGGCGAGGCCGAGGCGCCGGCGGCUCGGGCCGGCUGCUACGGCAAGGCGGCGCCGGCGUCCCACCGCGAGCGCGGGCGGGCGGACGGCAAGCGGGGGGACGGAGGCGCCGGGGAGUGGGGGAAGGCGGCGGCGGUGUACAAGCCGGACGGCGCCGGCAGGGAGCAACGGCAACGCAAGGAGAAGCCGCCGUCCCGGCGCGAGCGCCGCGCCGGCAGCGACAAGUCGACCACCUCGUCCUCGUCUGACCGCUUCGGCAGGGACAAGGCGGAGAAGGUGCCGGAGAAGCCGGCGGAGAAGCCGGCGCGGGCGACGGCGUCGCACAGGGUCGGCCGGGAUUCUCCCGGCCCGCAGCCGGCUGCCUCCACCGCCGCCACCGGGACGGACGAUCGGCCGGAGGCGGCGCCGCCGAGGAGCAAGAGCUCGGGCGGCGGCGAGCGCUGCCUGGAGUCGGCGGCAGCAGCAGCUGGCGACAGAAGCUGCGGAACCGUCGAUGGCGCAGCAGCAGCAGCAGCAGCAGCAGCCCCAGGACGAGGCGGAGCGGGAGAAGCUGGAGGCACGCAAGCGCCGUUUCGCCGAAUCCCAGCAGAAGAAAUCGCCGGCCGGCCCCGUGCCGUCCUCGGCGGCUCCGGCGGCGGCUCCGGCGGCGGCAGAGGCGACGCCGGCCGCUCCGGCCGAAAGGAGGAAGGAGUCCCGGUCGGAGCACCGCCGAUCGAGGGGGGAGAAGGCGGCGGCGCCGGUGGGCGCCAACGCCGGAGCAGCCGCCGCUGCAUCCUCUUCCUCGUCGUCCUCGUCCUCGUCCUCCCUGUCGCCGGCGCCGAACGGCGCCGACGUCGGCGGUCAGCCGCCGGCGAAGAAAACCGGCGGUGGUGAGACAAAGUCAACGCCGGCGGUGGCCGGGCACCACCACCACCCGCACCACCCGCACCACCACCACCACCACCACCACCACCACCACCACAACCACCACCGUCAGCCGGAGACUCAGGCGGCGCGCGGGGCGCAAGCUCCGCCCGCCGCCGUACCGGCGCCGGCCGUCGAGCACCAGCAGCAGCACCGGCAGGAGCAGGGGCAGCACCAGCGGCAGGAUCUCUCGCCGCGCAAGCUGCCCGGCGACCGCCUCUGCAUCGACAUCGACCACUCGCAGGGCUACCGCAAGCAGAUGGAGAAGUCUCGGCGCCUGCAGCUGCAGCAGCAGGAAGCGGCGGCGGCGGCGGUGGUGGCGGUGGCGGUGGUGGCGCUCGACGGGCAGCGGCCGCCGGCGCCGGUGACGUCGCCGGCGACGCCGGCGACGUCGGCGGCGCCGGCGGCCGCCCCCGACCGCUCGCCGCCGGCCAAACGCCGACGUCUCGAGCGAAACUACCGCCCGCCGCCGGCGUCGGAAGGGGAGCGGCCGGCGGCGCCGGCGGCUGCCGCCGGCGCCGGCGCCGUCGGCGGCGAAGACGGCGGGGAGACGGCGAAGCCGGCGCCGGGACGGCACUCGCCGCUGUCGCCGUGGGAACCGGACGGGCGCACGGCGGCCGCGGAGAUCGGCGAGGCGAGGAGGCUGUCCGGCGGCGGCGGCGGCGGCGGCGGCGGCCGGAGCGCGGUCCCUGACACGGCGGAGGCGCCGACGGAGGCGCCGCUGGCGGCGGCGGCGGCGGUGCCGGCGGCGUUCCACAGCUGCGCCGUGAAGCGCGAGGGGAUCCGACGGCGCCCGGCGCGGGAGCUGGAGCCGGGAGAAGUCCGCUCGGACUCUGACGAGGAGGCGGCGGCGCCGGCGCCGGCCAAGUCGGCCCGGGGCUCCGGCGCGGCGCCGGCGGUCCCCUCGUCGCCGCCGCCGCAGGUCGCCGUCAACGCCGUCGGCGCCACCAGGCCGCCGUUCCUGCCGCAUAAGGAGAGGGCGGCCGGUCCCCCGCCGUCGGCGUCGGCGUCGGCCGCCGCCGCCCCGGCCGCGGCGGCGGCGGCGGCGGCGACGGCGGCGGUGAGCGCCGACACGAAGGCGCUGCUAGAGCGGGCCAAGUCGCUGUCGAGCAAGCGGGAUGAGCACUGGCCCUUCCUCGACUUCCCCGGGUCGCCUUUCGGGCGGUUCGGCGCCGGCGGGAGGGCCGGCGGCGCCGGCGCCGGCGGCGGCGCGCAGGUCGCCGGCGGCGGCGGCGGCGUAGGGGCUGGCGCUGGAACGGAGAGCAGGCCGACGCCGCUGUGGUACCAGAAGAAAAAGAAGCGGAUGGAUGUCUCCGCUGACGUCCACCGUCUGGACUCCUCCUCCUCCUCUCCUCCGCCCUCCUCCUCCUCCUCCUCGUCCACCACCAUCGCCUCCGCCCCGUUAUCAUCGGCGGCGCCACCUCCGACGUCGUCCUCGCUGACGGGCUCCUCCUCAUCGGCGUCCUUCUCGGCUCCCUCCUCCUCCUCCUCCUCGUCCGGGUCAUCGUCGUCCGCGUCAUCGUCGGCGGCGACAGCGGCACCGGCCGCCCCCGACGAGGAGGAGAAGGGGGCGGCCGCGGGGGGCGGCGGCGCCGGUGGCACCGGCGGUGCCGGCGGUGCCGGCGGUGGCGGCAGCGGUGGAGCGACGUGUCGCCACCUCUUCGCGUCACGCUUCCUACACAGCUCCAUCUUCGAGCAGGACUCGAAGAGGCUCGAGCACCUGGAGCGGAGGGAGAGCGGCGAGGAGGGCGGCGCCGGUGGCACCGGCGGCGGAGCCGUGGCCGCGCCGGCGCCGGACUCGACGGCCGGCGGCGCCGGCGGCGGCGGCGGCGGCGGUGCCAGCGGCAGGAGACUCCACGCAGCGGUGCAGAGCGCCAGCAGCAGCAUCUGCAGCAGCAUCAUCAGCAGCACCAGCGGCAUCAUCAUCAGCAGCAGCGGCGGCGGCGGCGGCAUCAGCGACACCGACCUCGAACCCAACGUUGGGCUGUUCCACAGCCGUUACGUCGAACUCACGAGGCAACAGCAGCAGCAGAGAAGCAGGGAGCAGCAGGAGCAGCAAAAGCAGCAGCAGGAGCAGCAGCAGAAGCAGCAAAAGCAGCAAAAGCAGCAGCAGGAGGAGCAGCAAAAGCAGCAGCAGCAGCAGGAAGCUUCGAUGGCGGCGGCGGCAGUUUCGUCAAAGACUUCCACAGAGAUUGCGUCAAAAGUACAACAGCAGCAGCAGCAGAAUCAGCAGCAGCAUCAUCAGAAUCAGCAGCAGCAACAGCAGCAGAAUCCUCUGCAUCAGAAUCAUCAGCAGCAACAAAAUCACCAGCAGCAGCAGCAGCAACAGCGGGUCGGGCGGCAGGCUUCUGCUAAGAGGAGUGGGAAACAGCGGGCGGCGGCACCGGCGGCACCGGCGGCACCGGCGGCACCGGCGCCGCCGGCGGCACAGGAAGCACCGGCAGAAGCAGCGGUCGCAGCAAGCGGCGCUUCGAACGGCACCCACGUCGGCUCGGACGAGACCGGCGCCAGACGGCCGCCGUCGCCGGCGCCCGCGGCCGCGGAAGCCGAGGAGCCGCCGCCGGCGGUGAGGUCGGCCAAGGCGGCGAGGGCGGAGCCGGCGGCGGUAGCGGCCGAGGCGCAAGCGGAGACGGACGCCGGCGAUUCGGCGUCGCCGGAGAAGCGCCGGCAGCCGCAGCAUUCGCCGGCGCCGAAAGCGAAGAGGGCCCGCUCGUCCGGCGCGCAGCAAACCGCCGCGGCGGCGGCGCCGGCGCCGGCGGCGUCGGCGUCGGCGGCCGUCGAAGACGCGGCGGCGUCGGCGGCGGUUGCGGCGACCGCGACCAGCACGAGGAAGAGCGAGCGGAUCGGCACCACCGCCGACAAGACCCGGCGCGCGCUGUCGCCCAGGCGCGCCGCCGCCAAAACGGCGCCGGCAGAGCGGGAAGAGGCCGAGGCGGUUGCUGCGCCGGCGACGACGGCGGCAGUCGCCGCCACCACCACGCGCGGCGCCCGGCACGCGGCCAAGAGCGCCGGCGCCGCGGAGAAGUCGCCGGGGAAGCCGGCGGCGAGGCGAGCGUCGGGCGCCGACAACGAAGCGGGCGAGGCCGGCGCCGCGGCCGGCGCCGCGGCCGGCGCCGCGGCCGUGCCGGCGGCGGUGCCGGUGCCGGUGGCCGGCACCGGCGCCGGCGAGACGGGCCGAGUGCGACGACGCAACGUGAAGUCCGUGUACGCGACGGUGCGGAUCGAGGAGACGCAGCAGCAGCAGCUGCAGGCGCCGGCGGCGGCGGCCGUGCCGGCGGCGGCGCCGGCGGCACGGAGAGGGCGCCCUCCUAAGGGCGGGCGCCGGAGGACGGGAGACUCUGUGCCGGAGGAGAACUCGGAGGAGGCGCCAGCGGACGGCGAGCCCUGGAGCUCCCCCGCGGCGGCGCCGGCGGCACCGGUGGCACCGGCGCCGGCGCCGGCGGACGAACCGAAGGGCAACGGCGGAAGGAAAUCGGCGGCGCCGGCGACGCCGCCGGCGGUUCGUCGGCGGCCGCCGGCGGGCAAGGAGCCGUCGGCGCAAGAGGAGCCGGCGGCCGUGACGGCGCCGGCGGAGGAGGGGCGGCCGAGGGGAGGGCGCCAGCGCAGGAACCGGCAGAGGAGCCGGUCGCGAGAGGCGGCGGCGGCGGUGGCGGCGGUGGUGGCGGAGGAUGAGCCGUUCUUUCGGAGUGGCAGGGAGCACCGGAGCAGCAGGGCCCAGCAGCAGCAGCAGCAGCAGCAGCAGGAGGAGGAGGGGGAGGCGGUGACGGGCGCCGUCGAUGAGAAGGUGGAGACGGAGUUGGCGGCGGCCAUCGACUCGAUCAUGCCGGACGAGACGUCCCUGGACGUCUCGUCCGGCGGCGACCCCGGGCGGGCGCUCGGAGCGGCGGUGACGGCGCCGCCGGCGGCGGAGAUGAGGUCCCCGAAACGACGGACGACGGCGGCGGCGGCACCGGCGAGGGGACGAGGGCGCGGGCGCCGCCUCGGCGCCGGCUCGGGAGCCCUCGGCAAGAGCGACGUUUCGGACAGCGCCAGCGAGUCGGAGUCGUCUGUCGACGCGGCUUCGUCGGCGGCACCGGCAGCAGGGCCAGGCAGCUGCACCAGCGGCGCCGGUCGCGGGAGCAGCGGCGCCGGCAGCUGCGGUGUUGGCGCCGGCGCCGGUGCCAACGGCGGCGCCUUUGCCAACGGCGGCGCCAACUCCAACGCCGGCGCCGACGACGGUCGCCGGUGCCGACGCCGGCGUCUCCUGCGCCGGCGCAAGCGGCAAAACUGGCCGUCGAGCAGCCGCCGCCGGCCGGCGGCUGCCCUACCGCUCGCCCUGCCGGCGCAAGCGGAGACGAGGCACCGGCUACCAACGCCGCGCUUCCUGCUGUCUUCGCCGCCGGGCGGCUCCGUCGCCGGCGCUUUUGCCGGGAUGGCGAGGACGCAGCCCGCGGCCGGCGCGGCCGCGGGCUCCGCCGGCUUCGGCGCCGGCGCCGGCGGGCCGCACGCGGCGCCGCCGGCAGUGCCGGCGCCGAAGCAGCCGCAGCAGCAGCUGCUGUCGCUGACGGCCGGCGGGGGCGAUCCGUCGGCUGUCAUCGUGACGGCCGAGCGGCGCCAGCUGCCGGCGUCCCCUCGCUCCGUCAUCAGCCCGCCGGUGCGCGCCUCCACCGCCUCUGCCGCCUCCACCGCCUCCUCCGCCGCCUCCUCCGCCUCCACCGCCUCUUCCGCCUCCACCGCCUCCUCCGCCGCCUCCUCCUCCUCUUCAUCCACCGCCUCCUCCUCCUCCGCCUCUCCCUCGGCGGCCGACGACAAACAGCAGCAGCAGCAGCAGCAGCAGCAGGCGGCGCCCGAGCCGGCCGUGCCGACGGCGCCCAAGCAGCGCUACAAAGCGGCGGUGGCGGCGGCGGCGGCCUCCUUCCCCGCUCGCCCGUUCCCGACCGGCAUGCCCUUCCUGCCGUACGAAGACACGCGGCACUGCGGCGCCGGCGUCGGUGCCGGCGUCGGUGCCGCCGGCGUCUCCCUGGGGUUGCCGGCGGGCGCGGCUGGCGGAGCGGGAGGAGUUGGAGUUGGAGUUGGGGCUGGCGCCGGCGACGUGGUGAGCCUGGCGGGCGCCGGAGCGGGCCUGCGCGUCAAGACGAGCGAGGGCACCGUCGUGCUGCUCAGCCAUUCGGGCCACAAGGCGGAGGGACCGCAGCGCGUCAGCGCCCCCAUCAGCCAGAUCCCGCCGGCCAGCUCCCUCGACGGCGCCGAGGCCGGGCAGGCGGCGCCGGCCGGCGGCGGCGGCGGCGGGGCGGCGCCGAACCCGGCGCCGAACCCGGUGCCGGUCGGCGGCAUCGGCGUCGGCGUGAAGAUGUGCAAGGCCGUCGGCGAUUCGAUGGCGCAGCAGAGGCUGAGCGCGUCGCCGGGCGCCGGCUACGGCAAGGCGCACUCGCUGGCGCCGGGCCAGCAGUACCACCCCAGCCCUCCUCCUCCUCCUCCGCACCACCCGCAUCACCACGUGGUGGUGAUUGGCCCCUCGGGACUCUACGGCCAUCCACCGCAGGACGAGCCUCCCGCCACGCCGGAGGCUCGCCGGGCCUACGACUCCUCCUCUCCCGGCGCCCCAUCGCCCUCCGCCAAAACGUACCGGCAGUUUGCCGGCGGCGGCACCGGUGGUGCCGGCGGCCUGCCGCCUUCGAGGGGAAUGGUGACCGUGCAGCAGCAACAGCAGCAGCAACAUCACAGCCUGGCCCAUCAGCACCAUCACCCCCAUCACCAGCACCAUCACCCCCAUCACCAGCAACAACAACAACAGCAACUGCAGCAGCAACAACAACAACAGCAGCAAGUCACACGAACUAAAAGCGCCCCAAAUUUACCCGGAGCCCCGAUAUCUGCCGCUCACCACUCGGCCAUCCUGCAUUCCGGAACGCACCAUCCCGGGACCCCCGUAUCCGCAACUCACCAUCCUGGAACCCCCAUAUCCGGAACGCACCAUCCCGGGACCCCCGUAUCCGGAACGCACCAUCCCGGAACCCACCAUCCCGGGACCCCCGUAUCCGGAACGCACCAUCCCGGAAGCCACCAUCCCGGAACCCCGGUAUCCGCAACCCACCAUUCCGGGACUCCCGUAUCCGCAACCCACCAUCCCGGGACCCCCGUAUCCGCAACCCACCAUCCCGGAACCCACCAUCCCGGAACCCCCAUAUCCGGAACCCACCAUCCCGGAACCCCCGUAUCCGGAACACACCAUCCCGGAACCCACUAUCCUGGAACCCCAGUAUCCACAACUCACCAUCCUGGAACCCCCAUAUCCGGAACGCACCAUCCUGGAACCCCCAUAUCCGGAACGCACCAUCCUGGGACCCCCAUAUCCGGAAUGCACCAUCCCGGGACCCCCAUAUCCGGAACGCACCAUCCCGGGACCCCGAUGUCCGGAACCCACCAUUCGGGGACCCCCAUAUCCGGAAGUCACCACCCAGGAGCGUCGCACCUCCUUGGGGGUCAGGGACUGAUUGCGGAUAUGGGGGGGGCGCCCCCGAGGGGUCUACACGGACCCCCGGAAUCUCUGCUACUCGCCCGAGCCCAGGCACAGGCGGAUCAAAUCCACUUGCAGCAGCAACAGCAGCAGCAGCAGCAGCAACAGCAGCAGCAGCAACAGCAACAGCAGCAGCAGCGCCGCGCCUCCUUGCAACGGACGUCGUUGGAUGGCGCUCGCGCCGCUGCCGCUCCGUACCAGGCUGCGCCCGCUUGUGGCGUGCGCGUCGAACCCAAGCUGUCGCCGCUGGCGAGGCCCGGCACAGCCGCGGUGCCCGCAGCUUCCAUGCAACAGCAGCAGCAGCAGCAGCAGCUGUUGAUGGCGAUGCAGCAGCAGCAGCAGCAGCAACAGCAGCAGCAGCAGCUGGCGGUCGGAGGCAGUGGGAGGAUGUUGCUGAUGGUGCCCGGGAGGCCGGAUGGUAGCCACGUGCACCGCACGCUGGACCUGCAGAAGCUCAUGAAGAAGUACCCGGUGGUGUGGCAGGGCCUAGUGGCCCUCAAGAACGACACGGCGGCCGUGCAGUUCCACUUCGUGUCCGGCAACAAUGUCCUGGCACACCGCUCACUGCCGUCACCCGACGCCGGACCCCCCCUGCGCAUCGCCCAGCGCAUGAGGCUCGAGCCGGGGCAGCUGGACGCAGUCGCUAAGCGGAUGGCGGUGGAGAGCGACUACUGCGUGCUGCUGGCGCUGCCGUGCGGGCGCGACCAGGAGGACAUGGUGGUGCAGACGGAGUCGCUGAGCACCGCCUUCAUCAGCUACCUGCAGCACAAGCAGGCGGCCGGCAUCAUCAACGUGCCCAACCCGGGGUCAAACCAGGCGGCGUACGUCCUGCAGAUCUUUCCUCCGUGCGAGUUCUCGGAGACACACAUGGCCCGGCUGGCUCCAGACCUCCUCGCCAGCGUCGCCACCAUCUCCCACCUGCUCAUCGUCAUCGGAUCAGCGUGACAUCAUCAUCAUCAUCAUCAUCCCCCCAACCUCUCCACUCACCACACCGCAUGAUGAUGAUGAUGACGACGACGAUGACGGCGGUGUAACGAUGC